AUGAAAUUAGGAUAUAAUGAAAUAAUGAUAACAUCAAUGUAUUUUAAUGAUAUUAAAGAUUUUAUUAAUUUAGAAAUAGGAAUUAAAAGAUUUCAAGGAAAUAUUGAACGAUUUCAUUUUAAUCCAAUUCCUUUAAAUAAAUAUUCAAGAAAAUUGUUUACUAAUAUUGAAACAUUUCAUAUUUAUAAUAAAGAUGAUGAAAUAUUUAAUGAUGGAAAAAUAUUUAAAUAUGUAAUAUGGUAUAAAGUACGUUAUUCAACAUAUUUAAAAGAAAAAGAACAAGGAAAUAUCUGUAAAAAUAUAGAAUAUACAAAAGAAGAUAGAAAUAAAUAUGGGAAUACAAUACCAUCAGAAGUUAAAUCACUUGGAUAUGAAUGUUUUAAUAAUUGUGAUUCAUUAACAUCAAUUGAUAUACCAGCAUCUGUUAGUGAAAUAGGAGAUGGAUGUUUUAAUGGAUGUUCAUCAUUAAAAUCAAUUAAUAUUCCAUCAUCAAUUAAUGAAUUAGGGUAUAGUUGUUUUAAAAGAUGUUCAUCAUUAACAUUAAUUGAUAUACCAACGUCAAUUAGUAAAAUAGGAUAUGAAUGUUUUAGAGAAUGUUAUUCAUUAAAAUCAAUUAAUAUACCUUCAUCAAUUAAUGAAAUAGGAUUUUAUUGUUUUAGUUAUUGUUCAUCCUUAACAUCAAUUAAUAUACCAUCUUCAAUUAUAUCAUUUGGAUGGGGAUGUUUUUCUGAAUGUGGGUGUAAAGAAGAAUUAAUGAAAAAUAAAAGAAUACCAAGAAAAUGUUUUGAUAAAUGGUAUUGA